AUGAACUUCGGACCAGGCGCAAAUCAAGAUGGGUUUUCUAAUUUUGGGCACGCAAUGUCCGAGGGAGGAAGCCCGCCAAGAGGUAGUUUUGGAACUCCUCCUCCAGCCGGACAGAUAACCGGGCCUCCAGAUUACUUUUCCGUGCUGGCUCACGCGUCAGGACGCCCAGGACUACCUCCGAGGACGAUGGACUACAUGCUCUCUCAGGAGGAAUUGAGCCGCCGAAACGCCAGACGGAAGCGUAACCGAGAAGCUGCUGCUCGCUGCCGAGAGAGAAGGAUUGAAACUGUCAAAGAGCUCGAAACGAAGGUCAAAAACCUUCAGAAAGAAAAAGACGAGCUCAAGAGACAAAAUGAAGUGAUGGCAUCUGAGUUGGAAAAAUGCAAAUUUCAGCUCAAAAUGAUGUCAACAAAUUGGGGCCACGUGCUCGCGGACUCGCCACAAUCAACAAAGAGUCUCCAUUCGCCAAUGACCCCAAAGGAGAGCAUCCCGUGCGAGAGCUUCUCGGAUCCUGGGCUCACUCCUUUGCUGGACGGACGGGUGAAAUUCGAGUUUCCCGAUCUGCCCGAGGAAUCAACGCGAAAAGCUAGAAUGACAUCAACGAGCGAGUUCAACAAGUUUCUCGACGAGUUUUAG